AUGCAGAAGCAGCGCGCAAAGACAGUUGAGCACAACAAGCGCGCACUGAUCACUGUGACCAACACAGUCGCGAGCAUCGAGGCCCGCAUGAAGGAGGCCCUAGAUCAGGCCGCAAAAGUCUCGCAGAGUUCCGUGGCUGAGGGCAGCGCUCCGCUGAUAGGAGCGGAAGGAACGGAAAAGUUGCAGAAAAAGAAGGCUGGGAAGCAGACGGAACGGAGAGGCAAAAGAAAGGCAACGGAAGGUGAAGAGGAACGGCUGCUUGACGGGGAGGGCCACCUGACUAUUAACCCCGAGCAAAAAGGGACAGCUAGAACUAGGGCGGCGAGUAGCCAAGCAGCACGCGCCGCGUCCGACCAGGCCCCGGUUGAAAAGCCGGUAGCCCAGAGUUUGGCUCCAAGGAAAGGACAGGCGGCCGCGGGGGCGGGGGCGGCGGGGCGUGGGGGCCGCGUUCCCAAGCCCAAGAAAAAGGCCGCAGCAGGUCGGAGGGUGAAAGCGGUGCUCCCCCGCAUCCCAGCCGGUCCGAACUGGAUCAACGCGUACGGACGUCCGGAGCCUUCCGAGGAGGCCAUUCUGGACGCGACCAAGCAGCUGUUUGCGGCUCUGGGCGGCCGGUUGGCGUUUCUGCCCAAGGGCGACGCCGAACACAAUACAAUCAUGGCCUCACACUUAGCAGCUACCGGGGUCCCCAUCGUGGCCAUCCACAAAGUGGUACACGGGCCGGCUCGCCUGGCCGCUUUCGAAGAGGAGGCGCGCGCGCUUGAGCUGGUGCGCAAGGGGGGCGCAAACGUGCAGAAUCGGAGAGAUGCCGUGCAGGUUUGCUGGCACGGCACCAGCGAGGAAGCCCUGCUGUCAAUUCUCAAGACGGGCUUUACCGCGAGCCGGACCGUGAACGGCAAGUCGGCAGGAAACGGGCUCUACAUGGCGCCGACGCAUGCACCAACCACCAGCAUAGGUUACACUGGCGGUGGUGACGGCCACGUGGGCCACAUGUUCCUCCUGCGGGUGAUCCUGGGUGGCGUCGAGGUGGGGUACGCGGGGAUGGACCUCCCAAGCGAUCCGGAUUUGUACGACUCUGCUGUGGACCAUUUGGAGGACCCAAGCGAGAGAGUCGUUUGGACGCCCUAUCUGUACUCCAGGAUCCUUAUCGAGUACGUGAUCAGCUUCAAAGUGGAUCACGGUGGUGUGUGGUUCUAGAACGACGAUAUCCACAUGAGAAUAUCUGGG